UAAUAAACCUAUUUUUCAUUUAUCAGAUCUCGACAUCUCCUUAUCCUCUUCAUCUGUCUUCUUCUUCUUCGCUUGUUUGUGGACCGAAGGACGUCGCCAUUUGAAACAGAGAUUCCGUCUAUCGUCUUCUUCGCUUGUUUGUGGACCAGAGGACGUCGACAAAUAGAAUGGGUUCAACAUCUUGGUCUUCGUCCUCGGCUAGAAGGGAAGAAACCCAGAUGAACAGUGCAGUUGAAUGCCACCACAAAGUGUGUCCGAUAGCUAGGACUGUAAAAUCUGGGCCAAACCGCGGGCGAAGAUUCUAUGGAUGUGCGUUCUGGCCAAAAUCAGAUUGCUCAUUUUUCCAAUGGAUUGAAGAAUAUCCACCACCCAUGGCCUCUGUUGUUGACAAGCUUAGUGAAAAGGAAAUAGUAAUGAACCAACUUGAGCAAGAAAUAAAAGCUUUACAAGAUCAGAUUGCAAAGUUGAAAAAGAAGAAAGAAAAGAUGAGAGCUACAAUUCAGGAGCUGCAGACAUUAGUAUGCAAGCAUGCCAAAGGAGAGAAAUAUGCAUUUAUAGGUGUCCUUGUUUCUUGGAUUGUGUUUGCCAUUGUGUUGUAUGGGAAACCUGCUGUGUAAUUUUCUGUUUCAUUUUGUGUUGUUUCAGAACUGAAAGUAAUGUAACUUUAUUUGUUUGUGCUAUGUAAUUUUC